CCAUCCUCUGUUAACUGGGCCGAUACUUAAUGACUUUUUUCAGUUUGACUUUAUUAUCGUUCUUGUUAAUGACCAGUGCAUGGUGAAUCAUGUCUGGACCAGGUGAACCUUUUAGAGCUUUCAACAAUAGCAUACAGCCUUCCGUGCCACCGCACGCGGCCAUAGGUUCACUGCCGCUGCUCUAGACCCUUGACAAGGUGACCCGAGUUCCAUAUUUACUUUUUUUUUUGGUUCUGGGAAUCAAACUCAGGACCUUGUGCUUGCCAGGUAGGCACUUAGGCCACCAGGCUGUGUCCAGCGAUGUUUAGCUUCUUUCUGAGGUAUUAUUUUAAACCACAGGCGGUAUCAGUCAGCUACAAAAUGGCAGAAAAUGUCAUUCAUUUCAUGAAUAUGCCAACAUUUUUGUCUCCCUCCCCCCAAGGUUAGCCUCUAUAAAUUAAGAGUUUUGUUUUUGUUUUUACCACGGCUGGAGGUUUCAGAGAAAGGCCUCCUGUGUCCAGUACCGCGUGGUCGUGCGGGAUGUGCGCACCCUGCAGAUCCUGCAGCUGUACACCUGCCUGGACCAGGUCCAGCACAUGGAGUGGUCGGCAGACUCCCUCUUCAUCCUGUGCGCCAUGUACAAACGGGGCCUGGUGCAGGUCUGGUCCCUGGAGCAGCCAGAGUGGCACUGCAAGAUCGACGAGGGCUCGGCAGGGCUGGUGGCCUCGUGCUGGAGCCCUGAUGGGCGCCACAUCCUGAACACAACCGAAUUCCACCUGCGGAUCACCGUCUGGUCCCUGUGCACCAAGUCUGUGUCCUACAUCAAGUACCCCAAAGCCUGCCAGCAGGGAAUAACCUUCACGAGGGAUGGCCGCUACCUGGCCUUGGCCGAGCGGCGGGACUGCAAGGACUACGUGAGCAUUUUCGUGUGCAGUGACUGGCAGCUCCUGCGGCACUUCGACACUGACACCCAGGACCUGGCGGGGAUGGAGUGGGCCCCCAAUGGCUGCGUGCUGGCAGUGUGGGACACCUGCUUGGAGUACAAGAUGCUGCUGUACUCCCUGGACGGCCGCCUGCUCGCGGCGUACUCUGCAUAUGAGUGGUCCCUGGGCAUCAAGUCUGUGGCCUGGAGCCCCAGCAGCCAGUUCCUGGCCGUUGGGAGCUAUGACGGAAAGGUGCGGCUCCUGAACCACGUGACCUGGAAGAUGACCACAGAGUUCGGGCACCCCGCAGCCAUCAGCAACCCCAAGACAGUUGUGUACAAGGAGGUGGAGAAGAGCCCACCGCUGGGGCUGGGCCCCCUGUCCUUCCCGCCGUUCCGAGCCGGCACCUGCCCCCUCACUGCCACCUCUCCGGAGAGCAAAUAUGAGGUCGCCUCCGUGCCCAUCUCCCUGCAGACCCUGAAGCCAGCCACUGACAGGGCCAAUCCCAGGAUGGGCAUCGGGAUGCUGGCCUUCAGUCCUGACAGCUACUUCCUGGCAACGAGGAAUGACAAUGUCCCCAACGCCGUCUGGGUCUGGGACAUUCAGAAGCUGAGCCUCUUCGUGGUCCUCGAGCAGCUGUCCCCAGUGCGUUCCUUCCAGUGGGACCCGCAGCAGCCAAGGCUAGCCAUCUGCACUGGGGCCAGCAAGGUGUACCUGUGGUCACCGGCAGGCUGCAUGUCAGUGCAGGUGCCUGGGGAAGGCGACUUCCCGGUGCUUUCUCUUUGCUGGCAUUCCAGCGGCGACUCCCUGGCCCUCCUUGGCAAGGACCACUUCUGCCUCUGCUUCCUGGAGACCAGCGAGGGUGUCCGGGAAGCCUUAGGACAGCGGGCCAGCCAGACGUAGGGGCUGGGCAGGGAGGGACUGAGGGGCAACACCGCACGUCCGCCACAGGGGGCAAGGCGUCGGCCCUCCCCGGGCAGACCAGUAAUGUCUAUUUUUUAUUGCAAGGCAGUUUUGUAAAUAUGUAUGGAAGAAAGCUGUGAUUUUCAUUACUCAUAAUAAAGUUUUGCUAAUUCGUAAAA